CCACCUGCUUCGCCCCCUGCGUGAACUCGGCCACGUUGAAGUCCUUGUCGAAGUAAGCCCGGAUCAGGAAGAAAUAGAUCCGCGUCCUGCACCAUAUAAACGGGUUGGGGAGCCCGACCACCACUACCCGUUGGCUGGCGGGGCUGGGGUCACUGCUGUACCCGCGGGCCGGCCUGCCAUUCAGCGAGGGCCCCGGAGAACUCAACGAGGAGGCAGGAGGGAGCCCCCACGGGGGGUAGAGCGGACCCCGGCCACAGUACCGGGACAAGCGGAACACGGACCGCAACAUCUGUACGGCAACCAAACCGCUCCCCCGGAAACAAGCACAAAGAAAAAGGGUUCCGGCUAAUGAGAAUCUCUACUCUAAUAAUAAUUAUAGAAUAUCUAACGGAGGGAAACAGCUAAAUAGAAUAUAACUGGGAUAAGGGGGAUGCCUGCGAUAUAGAAGGUGAUAUUUCUGUGUAACACUGGGCAUGCUGGCUAUGGACAUGGUGUCCAGGAGGCUCAUUCCCAGUUAUUACCUUUAGCCAUCGCCCAUAGACUGUGUAUGGCUGUUCACAAUAUUUCAACACAGGAGCCAGCUCUGAUUUGGAGGCUGUACAGUAAUACUAAGGGAUCUGUGCUGCAGGGGGAAUCAUGAAUGGGUGCACAGGAAGUCCCCAUGUCAAACCAUGCCUGCUUAGAAUCUGUGUGCAGGUGUAAUAAGUUGGAGAUGGAGUGAUAAACGUGUCCUUUGCAUAACACAGCAGGUUAGUACACCCCUACAUGAUAACUGUGUACUUACUGCAAGUGCAUGCCCACAUCUCCCUUACUGACUGACUAGGGUCUAUGAGAAUAGUUUCAGUGGAAGAAAAUGUAUGGGACAGGAUUGCAUGAAAACCAAAUUUUCUAUCCUAAUGUCCUUGUUUUCUUGUAGCUUCAUAUUGUUGGUGUGCUGAGUGUAUAACAGAACCCUAUAGCAAUAAUACCCUCAGUAAGGUGUACUCUUUAAACUACAAUAAAUGUAUUGAGAAAUCAGUUUCUGUAAAUAAAAUAUUGUUCUUGGACACAUAUUACUUUUUCUUAAUGAUGGAGUACAAUACAAACUCUGUAGUGUGCUGAAUUAAAAGCCAUCAAGUAUGAAAUCAAGUCAUCAAAUGCAUUUCGGUGAUGUUUCCCCAAUGUUCCCCCACUGCACGCUGCCAUUUAAAUGAUCCUUGGUUAGGAGCAUGCGCUUACAGAACUGAAGCUUCAUCUGCAUUGCCUGAGAUGACAGCUAAUGUCAUUGCAAUGUAAAUGCUUAGCAAAGCAUCGUGAUAUUCAGCUCAGUAAAUGUGUGCUCCUUACUGGAGUUAACUUAUAUCCUGCACCCCCCCAACAUUAUGCGCCUUCGCUGUCCCUCUAAUGUAAUUUUUAUGUCCUCCCAAUUCCCACUUUUCACCUUUUAUUUAAAGGGACACUAUAGUCACCAGAACCACUACAGCUUAUUGUAUUAAUUCUGGUGAGUGGAAUCAUUCCCUUCAGGCUUUUUGCUGUAAACACUGUCUUUUCAGAGAAAAAUGCAAUGUUUACAUUACAGCCUAGGGAUACCUUCUCUGGCCACUCAUCAGAUGGCCACUAGAGAUGAUUCCUGGGUCAGUGCUGCACAGUGCAUGAUUCACUGCAUCUCUAUGAGGAAAUACUUAUUGGCCAGAGCUGUGUUUGGCUUGUGCUGGCUCUGCCCGUGAUCUGCCUCCUUGACAAGCUCAGCCAAUCUAAUGGUUUCUUAUGUGAAAGCAUUGUUAUUGGCUUUGAACCGCUGCCGCCAUCUUCUUCAGUCUAGCAGUGACGUUGCAUCUUUGCCUUCCUCAGAUCUUGCAUAUGUCCAUUGCUCCCUCUACUGUAAUGGACAUGUGGACUUGCGACUUGUGAGUCCAAGAGAUGCAACAGGCAGGUAAGUAUUAUGAAAAAAUGUUCUCGGUCUUCACAAAGAAAGUGGUUAUUGACGUAAGCUCCACCCUUUGCUGAAGAAAACACAUAAGGAAAAGUAGUCCCUGUCAAGAUUGGGUAACCCCUACAAACAGAGUAUAGAGAAACAGAAACCAGAAUGGAAGAAUUAGAGAGAGAAAGGUACGUAUACUGGUCCUAGAGUGGCCAGGUUAGUGUGUGCUUUAAAUAGUCAAAAACAGAAAGCCAAGGUCAAGGACGCCAGAGGUACUAAAAAAAAAACGGAUAAACAAGCCAAAGUCCGAGAAAAAGAGAAUCAGAAAAGUCAAAUACAAAGCCGGGUCAAAAACAGGAAAAAAACAACAAGUACUCAAUACACACUGUCGGGUAGAAUAAACCGUGACAAGGUCUUUUCUUCACAAAGAGCAGAGUUUAAAUAGGGACAACCAAAAUUCUAUUGGACAGCAUCAUCACCCUGCACCAAAUCACACAAAGGGGUGUAAUCUGUGAAGGGCAGAUGGUGUCCCAAUAAUAUGACCUGUCACUUUAAUGUCAUAAAACAGGGUCCUGUAAUUUCUAAGGACUCCUGUAGGUGGCACAAGGCUGCCAUAGUGAUCUUGCAGCCUCGCAAGAAGACAGAGCGUGCAGACAUUGCUCUGCACGAGGAGCAACUGAACGCCGUGCGCCGUUCUCUCUAGGCCAGAUCGGUGUGGGACUGAAGACAUCGUGGCUGCCGUGCGGCAAUCCAACGUACGACAGUCCCUAAUUUUCCUUAUGUAUUUUAAGAAAGAUCAAACCGAAAAGAAGAGGGGAAAAAAAAAAAACCAGAUUGACAGACAGGACAACAGGAAUCACACGAGGAAAGGUAAGUUUGAGGUGACAGAGCCACUUUAUUACAGACAGGGAGCACUUUUCAUGUGCUGAUUAUCAAAAUGGAGAAGUAGUGCAAGUUCACAUAAAAAUACUUACUAAGGGGCCAUACCCUCCCUAAUCAUAUAUAGUCCAUUGGUUUAAUUACAUUACCUUGAUCACCACGUCUGUAGCAGUGCAUUUACCUGCAUUACUGAUAUGCUUAUUAUGAUGACAGCUUUCAUUAUGGAUCUUGAACAAUGCAGAAUUCCUGUGCAGCAAUUUACAGAUGUCGAUAAAAACAAGUUCCUCCAAGAAAUCUAUCCUCUGGUAAGUGUUAUUGUGAGCAAACAUUUUACAAUAAUAUUCAUGUAUUUAUAAAACCAUAUUAGAAGGUGAAUUUUUGCCAAACUUCGAUCUACAUGUGCGUAAAUACAUGUCAUAGUUAGCCUAAACCAGCAUCCAGCUUCUGCAAUUGGGUAAUUGCUUUUAAGCCAAAGAAUGAACCUCUGUGCAUCGAAUGUGCCUGGAAUUAAAGGGACUCUCCAGGUCCAAGAAAACAAACCGGUUUCCUGGCACUGCAGGUUCCCUCUCCCUCCCGCCCCCCAUCCCAAGUUGCUGAAGGGGUUAAAAUCCCUUCAGUGACUUACCUGUAUCCAGCGCCGAUGUCCCUCGACCCUGGGUCAGGCUCCGCCUACGCUCCUCCCCCUUCGACGUCAUCCGGUGUGGGAGACCUAUUGCGCGUGCGCAGCCGCCGGCGGGGGAGACCUAAUGCGCCUGCUUGGCAAUGCCGUGCACGCGCAUUAGACCUCCCCAUAGGAAAGCAUUGAAAAAUACUUUCAAUGCUUUCCUAUGGGGAUAUCAGUGACGCUGGAGGUCCUCACAUAGCGUGAGGAUGUCCAGCAACGCUAUAGCACACUUUUCGUGUGCUAUAAUCACGGAAGUGACCUCUAGUGGCUGUCUAUUAGACAGCCACUAGAGGAGGAGUUAAGCCUGCAAGGUAAAUAUCGCAGUUUAUGAAAACUGCAAUAAUUACACUUGCAGGGUUAAGGGUAGUGGGAGCUGGCACCCAGACCACUCCAAUGGGCAGAAGUGGUCUGGGUGCCUGGAGUGUCCCUUUAACUCUCAUUCCAGGCUGGCUAAUGAAUGCUUCUGGAGUUAUACCUCUGGCAACAGUAAAAUAAAUAUCUAAGUAUGUGAAGCAUUUCAUACGGAAACACUGAACAUGCAGGGCCUUGCACCAUGACCACUUCAAAAGUGUUUGGACUAAGCAUUUAAUUAUGAACUGAAAACCAAUUGGCAAGUGUUUAACUAAACUAGCCAAGCUCAGACUGUUGCUGACUUGAAGAAUGUUUCCAGAUGGUCUAUUUUGGUCUUUUUAUUAAAAUGUUCUAUUCGGCUUUCAGUUUACUGCAAUGCUUUGUUUAUGGAAUUAACAGAUUUAGUCUUCCGCCUUUAAUAAGGCAUUCUAAAAUAUAACUUAACAAUACAGUUAAGUGUAGUAAUCAUGUUUCCAAGAGUCUAUUGGCAAUAAUCUCUCUCCAAGUCGUUUUGAAGUGGAUUGAUGAAAAAAAAAAAGCCUCUCCAGCACACAGAGACUGCCCCCUACAUUUCCACAUAAUAAAUAUAAAUUCUAUCCAUUAUUAAGCUGUGAGCACAGGGUGAGUUAAAAUAUGCACCCACCAUUUUAAUGUAUCUUUCUUUUGUUAAUGGAAUAAUUAUCUGACAGUCACUUGGAAAAUGUUGUGUUUCCUGUCUAGAGGAAGCCAGUUGUGCUGAAAGGCCUAGAUCUGGGAGUUUGCAAAACAAGAUGGACUGUGGAUUAUUUGAGCAAGAUCGGUGGAGAUCACGAGGUGAAAAUACAUGUAUCUGAGAUGCCACAGAUGGAUUUUAUCAAGAAGAACUUCAUUUAUAGGUGAUCAGCAUGUUAUAAAUGUCGAGGAACAACUAUUUUGACUUGACUACAGAAAAGCCUCUUUGUCUGUGUACUAUUUUUGUUGUUGUUUCACCUUGAUCUCAGUCAGGUCAUGCCAGUUUAAUAAACACUGCAUGUUUUUAUCAGUUGUGUUUGUUUAGCUUUCAGGUCAUUUUUUUUUUUAGCACGGUGUAAAGAUCAAUACUUAAAGGAACACUUUAGUCACCUAAAUUACUUUAGCUAAAUAAAGCAGUUUUAGUGUAUAGAUCAUUCCCCUGCAAUUUCACUGCUCAAUUCACUGUCAUUUAGGAGUUAAAUCACUUUGUUUCUGUUUAUGCAGCCCUAGCCACACCUCCCCUGGCUCUGAUUGACACAGCCUGCAUGAAAAAAAAAACUGUGUUCACUUUCAAGCAGAUGUAAUUUACCUUAAAUAAUUAUAUCUCAAUCUCUAAAUUGAACUUUAAUCACAUACAGGGGGCUCUUGCAGGGUCUAGCAAGCUAUUAACAUAGCAGGGGAUAAGAAAAUCUUAAUUAAACAGAACUUGCAAUAAAGAAAGCCUAAAUAGGGCUCUCUUUACAGGAAGUGUUUAUGGAAGGCUGUGCAAGUCACAUGCAGGGAGGUGUGACUAGGGUUCAUAAACAAGGGAUUUAACUCCUAAAUGGCAGAGGAUUGAGCAGUGAGGCUGCAGGGGCAUGUUCUAUACACCAAAACUGCUUCAUUAAGCUAAAGUUGUUCAGGUGACUAUAGUGUCCCUUUAACUUUGCUGAAAAUAUGUUGUUACUGAGACUGUUUUUUCAGCUAAACAGCAAGAUGCAUAGAGAAGUGAAAGAGUCAUGUCUACUUUUAAUUGUUACUUCAUCCUGUGAUAUUAUCCCUUCCCAGCAGCUACUUGCAAUUGACGUCUCUAUAGAGUUUUUGGCUAAUACACUGAAUUGCAGUGUACUGAAACUAACAUGUGCAAAAUUUAGGCCAAUUCAAUAUAGUUGAAUUGGGGAUUUGCCAUGUGCAGCAGAAUUAAUUUUGUUGACUAAAACUAAAACAAUUCAGGUGACUGAAACAAUUAGUAAGACUAAUACUAAAUUGAAAUUUGUUGUCAAACACUGCACAAAGUGGCUGUGGAAGGGGCAAAAGAGACAGACCAGGGCUUGGGAGAGAGACACCUAGAGGGGCUGGGAGGACACAAAGAGACGCAGAGGAACUGGGGAAGGGGCAAAAGAGACACACCAGGGCUUGGGAGAGAGACACCUAGAGGGGCUGGAAGGACACAAAGAGACGCAGAGGAACUGGGGAAGGGGCAAAAGAGACACACCAGGGCUUGGGAGAGAGACAACUAGAGGGGCUGGGAGGACACAAAGAGACACAGAGGGACUGGGGGAAGGUGCAAAAGAGACAGAGGCUUUAACUAAACCCAUUAAAUUUUAGUCUUGUCGACUAAAGUCUACUGGAGAUUUAGUCGAAUAAAAUGUAUUCGAGAUUUAGUUGGCUAAAACCAAAACAAUCCAGAUGACUAAAAUACGACUAAAACUAAAAUGGCUUUUUAGUCUUUUGACCAUGACUAAAACUAAAUUGAAAUUUGCCGCCAAAUUUAACACUGAUGUGCAGUUCUCCACAAUUUGCUCUUUAAUGAACAGACCCUAUAACGUUUAUAGAAGGAAUGAUCCCUGACUUAUGUUCCAAAUCUAUUUUGCCACAGGGUUCUAAGGGGAAAAAUUACAAAGAUCUAGAUUCCUUCUAGUACUACUUGACUAGUAGUGCUAUAUUUCAAAGUGCAGCUGCAACAAUGAAGAGUAAAUCACCCAAAUGCCCAACAAACACAAACUGGAUGAAGUGGAGAGGAAUCUGGGUUUAAUGGCCUGGUCACAGGGUUUAAGAAGUAUGGACCCUAUGUGAGACUUGAAUGGUGUGGCAUGAAAGCCAGCUUGGAGUGGUCUGAAAGCAUUCUCCUACACCAACAGAUACAUGUGAAAGCAGCAUGAGACAGAAUUGGGUGAGGGAAAGGUACACAUACAAUGAACACUGAAUACAUUUUAACGAACGUCCAACCACACAAAGUUAAAUGUCCCAAAAACUGUAAAUCUCUGCUGAUGAGUAGUCACAUAAUUUGGAUAGAGACUACCAAGGUCUAUUCAAGUUUACAACAAAGGGGCUGAUAAUCCCAAAACACAGACUGCCAGCUAUAGUUGGUGUGAGGUGACAUUGGAGUGCUGUGCCAUGGGCACCCAUACUAAGGUGGGGAGACCUUCUGAUAUGAAUCCCUAUAGGUUUUAUUUACUAAACACUGAAUUGCGAUGAAUUGAAAUAAUAAAUGGAACAUUUGGGGCAAGAUAUCCAAGCAGGAAAAACAGAUUACGGUAAUUAAAGGAUAUUUUUCCAGCUGAACGAUUUGUUUUAAAUAUUGCAAUUUGUUUUUCAUUUUAUUACAUUUUACUGUUUGCUGAAUAAGACUUGUAGAGAAUUGACAAGGGUUUUGCUCAUUUUAGGCCAUGAUAGCCAAACUGGAGAGAUUUUCUAAAUGAACUAUAUUUCUAUAUAUAUAUUUAUCUAUAUUUAUAAAGAUAGAUUAAAAUUUUCCUUUAAUUUAUCAUAAUUCCACAUUCAUUUUGCUGCUUAUUGCAGUAUACAUCAUUCUAGUUCUAAACUGGUUUUCUGCCAAGAAUCUACAUGUAACAAGUAGCAUACACAAGUGCUGAAUUGAUGGUGUUGUUCUAACUUUGCUUGUUUUUUUUUAAUGUAAUUCCAGAACUCUACCAUUCAAUAAAUUUGUACACAGGGCAGCCGAGAAUAAGCACAACGAAUAUUUUAUCUCUGAGGUAAUCACCUGUACCAUUUACAUACAUACUUUAUAGUUUAUGGUAUUUCAGCAGACUUUAGGGUUUUUUGUUCAUUUUGUCUCAAAAGUGCAUAUAACUCCCCCUAUAUUUCCUGUCCCCCCACAAAAAUGCAAACCAAAUACCCUCAGUUACCUGUUGAUAUAACAAUGAACAUUCACAUAAUGCGGGUACUUUUUCAAGUUUUAAACUGCUGUCAGAAUAUUGCUACCUUUUACUGUUACCUUAACACGAGUUACCUUGGUAACGGUUAUAUUACUUCUAUCUAGAACCCUUUUUUUUGGGUCAUGUUUUGCUUUGGUGCUUUAACCCCUUAAGGAAAUAUUCCGUCAUGAUUCCCUUUUAUUCCAGAAAUUGUGUCCUUAAGGGGUUAAUGUUUCAAUGCAGUAUAAUGACCAAGGAAUGUCCAUUUCCAUUUAUUUUUAUUUUCUUUCAUUUUUGAACCUAAUGUGCAUUUUGUCAUGGUUGCGUUCAGUCUUUAUAAACUUUUGAAUUAUGAAAAAAGAUUUUUCCAAACUCUGGUUUGGAAAACAGAAAUCCCAUUGAGUCAAACUUAAUCCUUUCUGUUUCUUUUUUUAGGAUGAAAAAUACUAUCUACGCUCUUUGGGUGAAGACCCUCGGAAGGUAAAAUGUAAAAAGUAAAAACACAGAAUGGAAUAGGAUAUAAAUGAAUAAAUCAAAUCAGAGGAGUAUUAUUGUGCCACUCUAAGUUUUCAGUGAGACAUUCAAAGAAGCCUAUAUACUGAAUUAUACACAAGCUAUGAUUUCAUACUUUUAAUACAAAAGAAUAACUAGUUUUGAAAAUAAAGUAAAAAAACCAACAACUUUACAAAAUGUUUUAUAUAUGUAAAUGCGUAUGCUGGAGUUGUGGGAGGGGCUUGUAACCCUUUUUAAAGCAUUCCUUUUCCUGCUCCUAUACCGUUUCCUAGUCAGCGAUUUACAUACCCCUUCCUUCACUCCCCCUUUUACAGAUUUACCAUUUUCUUUACACCCUCAUAGGCGGACCCUCUUUAUUUUACAGGCCUACCAGUACGUUGGUUUUGGCACACCACAACUGACUUGCAUAUACUCCUGUGUUACGUCAAGCAUAUUCUUACUUGUUGCCUCGGUGCCGUGAACACAAAUAAAUAUAUAUGUGUAUGUAUCUUAGCGCAGUAAAGAUAAUAUAAGAGAUACUGUGCAGAACCCUCAGACUCCUAGGUCUCUGGUAGAGGACCUAAAAAUGAGGAAAAAAAUAUUUACCACCCAUGUGGGUGAGAGAAUCAUUUUUUAUAUAUAUUUUUAAACUUCAAGAAAAGUGUCCUCAAAAGGUCUUUGUGAAUUAAAUUACUGGUUUAUUUUUCAGUGAUAAAAACCGACAAAUCAUAUCAAUGUUUCAGUCUGACCCUGAACAUUUUUUUUCAGUGGAUCAGACUGAAAUGUCAAUUACAUUGAUGGGUGUUUAUCACUGAAAAAUAAACCAGUCAUAGGCGUGCGCACGGGGUGUGCCGGGUGUGCCUGGGCACACCCUAAUCGCGCGGCACGCCUAUGUAUAUUGAGACCGGCAGGGGAGAUCUCAGGAUCUCCUCUGUCGGCUCAUGCAGAGCCGGCACUAUCCGAGCACCGGCUCUGCUCUCAGCCUCCCUCCCUACCGACCCACAUGCAGGGAGGGAGGCAGGAGAGGACCGGCGGAGCUAUUGCCGCAGCUCUGCCGGGUUCCUCUCGCGAGAUAUGAGCGUUGCCAGGGUUGCCACGGCAACGCUCAAAUCUCGCAAGAGCCACAGGGGCUAGGGUUCACUCUCCACUGGACCACCAGGGAUGGAAUCAGCAGCACGAUCCCCCCUCCCUACAAAAGGUAAAAAGGGAGGGGGGAUAGCAAGUAAUGUACCCCCACCUCCACCCCCACAAUCGCACACACACAUACAGCACACAUACAGCACCCACAGACAUACAACACCCACAGACAUACAACACCCACACACACACAGCACCCACACACACACAGCACCCACAGACACACAGCACCCACAGACAUACAGCACCCACAGACAUACAGCACCCACAGACAUUCAGCACCCACAGACAUUCAGCACCCGCACACAUACAGCACCCGCACACAUACAGCACCUGCACACAUACACAGCACCAACACACAUACAGCACCCACAAACAUACACAGCACCAACACACAUACAACACCCACAGACAUACACAGCACCAACACACAUACAGCACCCUCACAAACACACACCGCACCAUCACACACGGCACACAAACAGUACCCUCACACACACACACAGCACACUAACAGUACCCUCACAAACACAAACAGGACCCUAACAAACACACACACAGCACACUACCAGUACCCUCACACACAAACAGCAUCCUCACACACAGUACAUUAACAGCACCCUCACAAGCGCACACACACACAAACAGCACCCUCACACACAGUACAUUAACAGCACCCUCACAAGCGCGCACACACAAACACCCUCACCCACAUUGCACACUACCAGCACCGUCACACACACAUCACACUAACAGCACCCUCACACAGCACACACACACAUACAGCAGUGUGUGUGUAUAUGUGUGUAUAUAUAUGCAGCGUGUGCUUGUGCUUUAGGGUGCACACCCUAAUGCAAUAGGCUGCGCACACCUAUGAAACCAGUAAUUUUAAAUCACAAAAACAUCAAACUGUAAAUAGCUCAAAUUGGCAUCAUAACCUAAAAGGGUUAAUGAAAUGUAGAGUAAUGUGUAAUCUAGAAUUUAAAAAGUACAAACAUACAAAACAAGCAAUAUUUAUAGAUGCCACACACUCUGUCUUCAUUCAGGAUAUUGCUGACAUCGGUAAUCAGUUCCCCAGGCUGGCAGCUGACAUCCAGAUUCCUCAAUUCUUUGACAAAGACCAGUUCUUCUCCAGUGUGUUCCGCAUCAGCUCCCCAGGACUACAGCUCUGGACUCACUAUGAUGUAUGUUAUAUUACACUGUGCAAGACUUACCCAACAUAUUUGCUUUAGAGGCUGCAUGUCCAACGGCCACCAUAUCCUGUGCAUUGUACUGAUUCAGCGGAAGAGCUUUAAUAAUAUCCUGUAGAGUAUCAAAGAAAGAUUAAUGAUGUCAAACUUACAGGAUGUCAUGCAUGUUUUAGGAUUAAAUACUAUCUUGGCAAUAAUUCAUGCAGAAUUAGAUGUGUAUCAUCGUCUGUAGCACAAAUCAUUUAAAGUGUACCUGCCAAAUAUGAAAGUAGAGGUUUCUGAACACAUGACUUGCGCUUCUGUAUGAAUUUUGGACUUGUUCAUAGAAGUUAAAAAAAAGAGUUACUCCGUAUUCUGUUUCUGUAUCUAGCCACAUGUUAGCCACACACCAUAGCUACUCACAUAAUACCCUCUGUAUUCUGCUCAGAGAAAAAAAAAAAUUAUUCCAUGACUAUAGAGAAUGGCAACUAACUAGCCACAGAAAUCCCAAGCAACUACACUCUGAACAAUGCUAGAACCAUGUAAAGAAUUAAUGAAUAAAAUAAACUAACAAACAAACAGAUAACAGUCCCUGAAAUUCCAACAUAAUCAAAAGAUAUAUACGGUACAUAAGAAAAGUAGGGAUUAUAUUCUAUGUAUGUAUUGAAUUCUGUCAAUCUAGGAUAACAGGCAACGCUUUAUUGAGCUUCCGCUUGCUAUAACUUGCAAUUUUCCAUCAGCCAUGAAUCAGUAUGGCAAAAAAGGCAUCUAUUUGUACAGUGCACAAUGGAUGUCUUUCGCAACUCAUUACUCUUGUGCGAGAAGGUCAAAAGAGGAUGCCGUGGUCUUGUGGAGUCUCCUCCGUGGAGAGUUUAGAGUUGAUAAGCAGAGGAAGAUGGCAGUGCCACGGACCGAGCGCUAGGUAACAGUAAAUACCCUGACAGAUUAGUUUUAACUUUUAUCCAUCAAGCUUAGUAAACGCUGAAAGCAUAUUUUAAUGAGAAUGAAGAUAUAAAUUACCUACAGUACCAUGAAGAUGUAAUAUGAGAGCAAACCGAGUAAUUGUUUGUAGAUAAACUUUUCAAUGUCAUCGUCAUUUGUAAUAACAGAUGAUAUUGCUGUUUGGCACUAACAGUUUUUUUUCUGUACUUUCAGGUAAUGGAUAACCUGCUUAUCCAGGUUUCAGGCAAGAAACGAGUUGUACUAUACAGUCCCCGAGAUGCACCAUAUUUGUACUUGGCAGGUAUAUAUUUGUUGUUUCAAAACAAAAAAAAUGAUUAAAUCAAGUAUUUAAGCAAAGUAAUUCUUCCCAAAAAAAAUAAUGAUGUAAUUGCACAAAUACAAAUUAUAUUGUAUUUGUUGUAAUCCAUUGUACUUAAAGGGACACUAUAGUCACUAAAACAACUGUAGCUUAAUGAAGCAGUUUUGGUUUAUAGAUCAUGCCUCUGAAGUUUCACUGCUCAAUUAUCUGCCAUUUAGGAGUUAAAUCACUUUUGUUUCUAUUUAUGCAGCCCUAGCCACACCCUCCCUGGCUGUGACUGACACAGCCUGCGUGAAAAACAAAAUGGUUUGAUUAUCUAUCAGCUGUAACUUAAUUAAUUUUUUAAUUUUUUUAUAAAGAGGCAUGAUGGUCAGUUAAAGGGGCACUGUAGUCACUAAAACAAGCAGUCUUGGUGUAUGGAUCAUGCCUCUGACGUUUCACUGCUCAAUUAUUUGCCAUUUAGGAGUUAAAUCACUUUUGUUUCUAUUUAUGUAGCUGUAUACACACCUACCCUGGCUGUGACUGACACAGCCUGCAUAAAAAAACAAAAUGGUUUCAUUAUCCAUCAGCUGUAACUUACCCUAAAAUUAUUGAUCUCCUGCUCUGUAAAUUGAACUUUAAUUGCAUACAGGGUUUAGCACGCUAUUAACAGAGCAGGAGAUAAGACAUUUUAAAUUAAACAGAAUUUGCAAUAAAGGAAGUGUAAACAUUAGAUGACUCUUUACAGGAAAUGUUUAAGAAGGCUGUGUAAAUCACAUGCAUGUAUGUGUGGCUAAGGCUGCAUAAACAAAGUGAUUUAACUCCUAAACGGCAGAGAAUCGAGUAGUGAAAGUGCAGGGGCAUGAUCUAUACACCAAAACUGCUUUACUAAGCUAAAGUUGUUUUAGUGACUAUAUUGUCCCUUUAAUAUUGCAGAGAUUUUUUAUUUUUUUUUAAAUGGUCUUUAAGGGAAAGUCUAGACACCAUGACCACUAUACCCUACUGUAGUGGGCAUGGUGCCAGGACUGAUUUUAAACAGUCUAACCCCUUCCUUGUAAUGACUAACAGGGUUAUUUCUAAAUUAAGAAUUCAAAGUGAAUUUCAAAUUUAAGGCCAGAGUAGCUGAACUGAAAGCAUAGCUGACAGAAAGUUUUUCCAGUUCGGCUAUUUUGACCUUAAAUUUGAAAUUCACUUUGAAGUUCCCCUUCCGCAAUAGAUAUAUCAGUUUAGAAGGAAUUAAUUGACUGUUGUUCUCAGCCAAUGAAUUUCUUCCACACAUGGGUGGAAUUGAUGUAAUUAAUGUUAAUGUAGGAUGUUCGGGGGCGGAGGCGAGCCGACGAGUCGCACAUAGCGUGAGCUCCAGCUACAAGGGCUCAAAUAUGCCGAUAUCUCAGGGCGCAGUGGCGGGACUCACCCGAAACCAAGCCAGAUGGACCAAGGAAGCGUUUGUGCACCCGGCGACACCAAAAUUGACACCUGGCUCACCCGGGAACCACAACAGCAGGCAUGGGCCCUACAAACAACCAAGUAAAGCUAAAUCUAUAAAAAAAAAAAAAAAAAGGAGGAUGUUCCACAUUAGCAAUAUUAGAAGAGGGGGCUGAGUUGAAGGUUUCUGUGGGACCUAAAUAAGUGUCAACAAAAGAAAAGCAUUUUAAAUACUGUGCGACAGCACCAGGUGACUCCUGGCACCAGCACCAUAAACUCUACAGUAGGCUGCAGUGGUUAUGGUGCGUAAACUGCUCCUUUAAUGUUCUUGCUUUAGUGAGGAAAGCAAACUGCAUUUUAGUUUAGGAGAAAACGGAAACCUUGUCUAGCGUAGGUUUACUUUAACUGCCUUUUGUGAGGGGGCGGGGCCGGACCGCCAUGCUGAGCGGUCGCACGAUCGUGCAGCUCCUGCAAUCUCUCCCAGUUUUAACACUAAAACUCGACUUUAUACUUACCUAACAACUGGCAACAGCUACCCAGUGCAAGAAGCCACCCUGGUUCCGAGGAGAGGCUUGCUGCAAAGUUCUAGUCCCUCGGAGGGGCGCUCUCUCCGUCACCCACGAUGGGGACCGCUUGGGCGGUGAGCGGGGUGGACGGCCGCUGCCCAGCUAUCCUGCCCACCAGCGGUGAAGGCAAAGCAUGAGGCUAGGGGGGUCCGGCCCUGUCUCCCCCCCCUUUGGACCGGCGGGGGUGAUCCCGGUCCCCACCCUGGGCCUGCCGACAUGCGGAAGAACCAGCACUCCAGGCUGCUACAGAGCCACCCCAAAACGCAGAGACCGCAACCAAAAUGGCGGAGACCACAUGGCGAGCUACCCAAGCAUGAAGGAAGAAACACGUCUCCACUAUACGCUGCCGGCAAGCCAACAUGGGAAGCAAAGAAACAGGCAAGCAUCCUGGGACAAGCUGAACCGUGGUGGAGAAGCCGGAGCCACUUUGUACCUCCGCAGGCAUAAUCACAAACAACGGGUGGAGACCGGCGCCUGCGAGCGACCACCCACACACAGCCAGGCACACUCACGGUGGGAGACGGAGCCUCGGCGACGGAGCCACACACGCUGACCCUCUCGGAUAGCCGCGCAGAAGCAGGAACACGAGACCGACAGCACGCGACUACAAGAUCGCACUGGAUAACAACAUGGCGGCGGGGAUCUGUCUCCUGCCCGAGGCAGGCGCUGGAUUGCACCGCAGGCACACCACAGGGGGACUAGCACACUGCCACUCGGCUGGACUGCAACUGACACGGCGGUUCCCGGGUUCCUGUGCCUUUGUACUGCAUGGACGGGUCUCAAGCCACACAGCCAAGGACUUUCAUCUUGCUGAAGUGGACCUGGGGGGGUAAAAAAUAAAUAAAACACUCACGCAUUUUUGAUGGCUUAAUCCGUACAAAUGUAACCCAUUGACAUGCUCACUAUGUUGCAUAAGUUUACCUACUUUAAAAUUUACUCAGUUGUCUAGACAGCUAAUCCUCUAAUAUUUAAAAAUGUGACACGCCAGAAUAGCCUGUAACUCUAGCACAGCCUAUUUACUAUUAUGUGCCUAGCUUGUUGCCUGUAUCCUAGUAUAGGUCUGUGCAGAACCAGUAAGAAUGCCACAUAGAAUGAUAUUCCAGAAUGCAUACCUUACUAAGCAAAGUGCCCUACUAGACUCAGGGGAUGAAAAGCGUCUACUAUACUCAUGUUAAAUUGCAUGUACUGUUGAUUUCUACAACUAUGUACUGUCUGGUAGAGCUGCGUCUGGAUGCCCUUCUGGAUUAAUUUGUCAAGCAACCUCUAUGUCUUAAAUUGUCUUAGAUUACUGUCAUGGCAAUAUUACUACAAUCUGAUGUGCAAUUAGUUGAAGUUAAACGCAAUUUUAACCAAGCAUGUUAUACCAUAAAGCGACACCUAUUAGCUUGUUAUCUUUACGUAACAAAAAAAAAAAAAAAGUGCAUUGUCUAUCUACCCCCCACUGUAACUAAUGUCUAGAUAUCAACAUAUGGAAUGCCGUUGGGGUACCAUAUGUAUGCCUGUAACCACUAUACGCACUGCAAAAAUAAAGAAUUUAAAAUUAACUGCCUUUUGUAUUAUUAUUAGGUGACAAAUCAGAAGUAUUGGAUGUGGAUAAUCCAGACCUGGACAAAUAUCCCCUCUUUUCCCAAGCCAGGAGAUAUGAAUGCCUUUUGGAAGCAGGAGAUGUACUUUUUAUUCCCGGUGAGAACACUAUUUGUUCUUUAUUUCCCCCUCUAUCCCAGUUCAAUCGGUCUUAAAGGCAUUAAUACAAGUGUUAUUAUGUAAAGAAUAUGCCAGUUAUGUUUUAUUUUUUGCAUAUACAGGGAUACAGCAAGCUAAAUAAAGUAUUAACACAAGCUCCCGAGUGAUUGCUGGUGUGCAAACCAAUUAAGUCACAGAUUAAAAUGUACUUUGAUACUGAGUGACACACACCGCUCUGCACAGUGAAUCAAUCCCUCUGUAUAACUACUAUAUCUGAAAAAGUGUGGUGUGUGUAUAUAUCUAUAAAAUAAAUGGUGCUUUCUUUGUCCCUUGUUUUGCAUACAGCAUUAUGGUUUCACAAUACUGUUGCUGAAGAAUUUGGAGUGGGAGUCAAUGUCUUUUGGAAACACCUACCUUCCGAGUGCUAUGAUAAGACAGACACUUAUGGAAACAAAGAUCCCACGGCCGCUUCUAGAGCAGUACAGAUCUUAGACCGGGCAUUGAAAACUUUGGAAGAGCUUCCAGAGGAAUACAAGGACUUCUAUGCAAGAAAAAUGGUUUUACGGAUACAAACCAAAGCCUACAGCAGUAAACUUGAAUAAAAACGACUUUCUAUAUUU